AUGCGAAAAUACGACAUGUUGAAGAAACAGCGGCAAGAAGAAUACAACCUCAACCAAGAAACCGAGAAUUCUGAUCUAGAAGUAGUCAAAAAAUACAAGGAAAAUUUAGAAAAAGACUGGAAUGAAAUUUUGGAGGCUGCAGGGGAAAUCGAUUGUCCUUUAUGUUGCUUAAGUUUACCAGCCCGGGAUGUCGUUGAUGAGAGCAAGUGGAAUGGCAGUAGGGCCGGCCAUGUCGCAGAGCACUUACUUCUGCUCGCCCUCAAAUCACUACCCAACUACGAAGAGCACAUAGAGGAACAGAAAGAAGUAGAAUACCUACAAUCCCAUUUACCUACAUCGAAAACACGGGGCAACAGCGUCAUUAGACAAGAUUUAAGAAAUAAUUCCAAUCCCAUUGUCCGCGCCGCCGGCACUCAAUCAUCAUCUGUCCUGAGAAAAGGAGAAACAGCCAUUCACCCCCCUGUCCGUACCUCCCUCCGCCAGCCGCAGCGUCGAAGGAAUGAAGCAAUUGCGCAAGAGUUGCAGCGGUGGCGAGAAGGGUUUAGUGGUCAACAGGUUUCGUUUAGGACUUCUAACAAUGGUCAACAGGCAGCUACUAUAUUCCCAAUCCAGGAAGGUUUAUUGAAACAACAGCCAGUCUUCGAAACGGCCUUGCCAACGUCAUCGGGUAAGAAGUCGAGCGAAGAAAUGGGUAAAGUGAGCAGAUUGAAACAAUGGAUGACGCCACGCGAACCUGAAAUAGUUGAUGAUGGAGCUCUCCUUCUCGAAUAUCCGGGUGCAGAGACUCCGGCUAGGCUGGCUCAUUUCUCGCCAUUUUCUCCUACUCCUCGGAAUUUUAAUGGCUUCAUGGACCAACAUGAAUCUAAAGGGGAAGAGAAAGAGGGCGAGGAAGAUGAUUCAAUAGAUGGGGAUGAGUUCGAGCUGCCUAGCUUGGCGAAACAUGCCAUUCAGAGUCAUUUAGAGCCCAUGGAUAUAGAAGAAGAGGAAAAGGAAGAGGAGGAAAAGGAAGGAGGGGAGGAGGAGGAGGAGGAGGAAGAGGACACUUGGGAACCUUUUUUUUUUGGACUUGACACACACAGACAGCAGGAUUCUGUGUGCACUUUUGUGGAUGUAUCAAAAUUCCCUCUUAUCUUUCUUGAUGACAUACCCUUUCCUUCCUCCUACUUCGUUAUCCUUUGCUUUAUGAUAGAUCGUUUCUACUGA